UCCGGGGAGAGCGGAGGAUAUAGUGAUCCUGGCGGGGUCCAGAUUGAGAGCAGUAUAUAGUGAAUGCGGGGUCCGGGGAGACCAGAUAUAGUGAAUGCGGGGUCCGGGGAGAGCGGAUGUAGUGAAUGCGGGGUCCGGGUGAGAGCGGAUAUAGUGAAUAUGCGGGGUCCGGGGAGAGCGGAUAUAGUGAAUGCUGGUGGUCCGGGGAGAGCGGAUAUAGUGAAUGCGGGGUCUGGGGAGAGCGGAUAUUAGUGAAUGCAGGGUCUGGGGAGACGGAUAUAGUGAAUGCGGGGUCCGGGAGAGAGCGGAACAUAGUGAAUGCGGGGUCCGGGGGAGAGCGGAUAUAGUGAAUGCGGGGAUCCGGGGAGAGCGGAGAUAUAGUGAAUGCCGGGGAAGGUCUGGGGGGAGAGCGGAUAUAGUGAAUGAGGGGUUCCGGGGAGAGCGGAUAUAGUGAAUGCGGGGUUUCCAGGGAGA